GCCCCUAGAGGGCUCGUGUGUUUUCUCUCUCUCUCUCUCUCUCUCUCUCUCUGUCAGUGUGUGUCGGUUCUCUGUUCGCUCGGUUCUCCGGUGUGUAUGUGAGUUCGGUGUUCCGCUCAUCAUGUCCUCCGCGGGAGCUGCUUGCGGACCGGCACCGGGACCGAAUCACGGCGGCUCUGUUCCCGCGCCCGGCGCCUCAAACCCGCGAAAGUUCAGCGAGAAGAUCGCGCUGCACACGCAGAGACAGGCGGAGGAGACGGCGGCGUUCCAGGAGGUCAUGAUGGACCUCACCUCCACCCGGAUUCAGGCUCAGAAGGUUUGUUUGGCCAGAACUCAGGGCCCGUAUUACGGCGGAUCUCUGCCCAACGUCAACCAGAUUGGCAGGACUGUCUCGGACCUGCAGGGCUCGUUCCACUCUCCGCUGGACUCCAGUCGCUCCACUCGGCAUCAUGGUCUGGUGGAGCGUGUUCACAGAGACCGGCGCUUCAUCUCUCCCAGCAGACCCUACAGGAGACAAAUGGACAGCUCUCACAGCAGCUCAGUGUAUCUGUCUCCUCCUCCUGACCCCAGCUGGAGAAGGAACUGGAACAGUAACUUUGCGAUGGACAAGAGCCAGAUAUUCCAGCAGCUGCCGACCACAGCCCUCAACAGGACUAACUCGGACUCAGCGCUGCACACCAGUGUGAUGAAUCCUCCGGCUGGAGACCCGUUCUCCACAGGACUCUCAGUGCGGGGCCGACCGGCCGUCUUCUCCUAUCCUGUUCCUCCAAUCGAGGAGAACGGCCCUGACGACGAACGCGUCCUUAAACACUGGGACACCAGAAAGCUGGAGCUGCUCUCUUCACGACCAAAGUCCUGUGAAGUGCCAGGAAUCACUGUGUUUCCGUCUCCGGACCAGCAGGGCGGCGCUCCUCACGGCCCCAUGGUGCUGAACACAGGCGGCUCUCUUCCGGAUCUGUCCAGCCUGCACUUCCCCUCUCCGCUGCCGACCCCGCUGGACCCGGACGAGCCGGGAUACCCGUCUGUGAGCGGCGGGAGCACGGGGAACCUGACCUGUACCCUGACCCAGCUGGGCAUCCACAGCCCCAGCGCCUUCCACUCCGCUGGUCUGCUGCCGUCUCUGCAGGGCACAUCCAGUAAUCCCUCCCUCCAGUCGUCGCUUAGCAACCCCAACAUCCAAUCAUCUCUCAGCGCUCAUUCGUUCCACAACUCGCUGAGCUCCGCCUCCCUCCACUCGUCGCUGAGCAACCCCUCCCUGCAGUCAUCGUUAAGCUCCUCCCCCUCGCUGAGGUCAUCGCUCAGCAGCCAGUCGCUGCAGUCUUCGCUCAGUAACUCCUCCCUCAGCGGCUCCUUCUCUGCUCUGCAGCCGCAGCCAAACUCCUCCCCGCGCAGACGAGCGCAGCUAACCCCGGUGACCCUGCCUGCAGACGCCCGCAGACACCACCCCAAACAGUUUUCACCCACCUCCUCCACCCUCAGCUCCAUCACGCAGGGAGUGGCUCUGGACACCAGCAGGCUGCAGGUGGAUCAGAGGUUGUCUCAGUAUGGUUUUGGUCAGCAGCAGCAGGUCCAGAAGGGUCUGGGUCUUCACCUGCACAACAUGCAGAACCUGCAGAAAACCUUCCAGAUGCAUCCGCUGAAGCGUCCGAGCCCCGGUCAGAACCAGAACCAGAACCAGAAGCCCAACCCCAUGAGUUACAGGUCUGCAGACGCCUCGCAGCCGGAGCUGACCCGGUCUGAGCAGCAGAACCAGAUCAGUCCGGCUCUCAGCGGAGAUCUGGACCUGUACAACGACACAAUGUUCCUGAACUCACUGCUGGAUGACCCAUACCUGGGCCUGCAGAUCCGCCAGAACCAGCAGUUGAGUCUGGACUCUCCGCUGGAGGCGAUGAAUCGUGACGGGGGUUCUGCUGUGGUUCUGAAGGCUCAGAGCGGCUCGUAUCAGGGUCAUCCGGAGCUGCUGGACUCCUCUGAACCACAGAUGAUCAACCAGAACCAGAGCUACACCGACGGGCGACACACCGUGCCCAACAUCAUCCUGACCGGAGAUUCCUCAGGCCUGUCUAAGGAGAUCACGAGCGCUCUGUCCUGUGUCCCGGGCUUCGAGAUGGACCCGUUCUCUUCGGACGACCCGCUGGGUUUGGGAAUGCUGACCGACGGUGACCUGAUGCUGGCUGACCCCGCCGUGGAGGACUCCUUCCGCUCUGACCACCUCAAGUGACUCGUUCACACACGCUUGAACCCUGAGCUUCUGCCCUUUAACGCUGCGCUUCUCAGACGAUCAAAGCCGCACCGGCCACUUCCUGUUACAGACGACCAAUCACAGCCACGUGCCUCCAGCGAUCGCUGCUCAGGCGCUUCAGUCCCAGCAUGCACUGCACCGCACCAGGUUAACGCAGAACCCACUCUUGAGCUUAAAUCGAUGUUUCGUUCGGAUGUGACGAGUCACACGCUUUAUUUGUUUGCUGUCUCGGCCAAUCAUGUGAGUUUGGGGUGGGGCUACUGGUCUGGAGAUAAUCAUGUAACGUGAUCGUGUUCAGAACAGCAUGCUAUCAUACUGCAGUGUACUACAAACAGUGUACUGAAUGCAUGGAAGACAACAAGACAGAUAUCCCUUAGAUUACAGUCAAAUUAAGAGUAAUAUUGAGUUGUUCAAAGGUAAAGCAAUUAAAAUUGAAGUAAUUGCUUAAUGUGCUGUGUACUUCACUGUGUGAGUAUAUGCAUGGUGUCAUCUUACAGAUUAGUAUGCACUAUAUAGUGUGCAGUAUGCAGUGAGCUAGCAUGUUGUUUAGAACGCAGCCGUUGUCCGUGUCACAUUAGAUGCACAAGAACAGACGUUGUUUUGUCCCAGAAUUCAGUCUGCUCGAGUCUGCUGAUGAUCUCUGAUCCAGACUAACUAGUCUCCUCCGGUACUAGUUAAAGCAGCAGCGUUUGUCGCCGCAUGCGCUGAACCACUGAAACAGUGUCGUAAAAUGACCAAGUGUGUGUGUGUGUGUGUGUGUGUGUGUGAGUGUGUUUAGCGCGAUCUGCACUCUCUUCUGCCUGUAUUUGCACGAUUAUUCUCCUGAGCAAGGCCAUAUUCAGAGGAACACAUAUUUUUAUGUAACGAAAUACCGCGUACUAUGAGAUUUAUUUUUAAAUAAAGUUGCUAUAGAUGUUUUAUGCGCAUAAAUGUAUAUUUGUAUAUGAAAAAAAACGUCGAUCGCCAGGUGGAUUGUGAAUGUCUUCAGACGAAUCUCAGAAGUGUAAUCAUCACAAUUCACCCCCAAAUCAAAGGGAAGGAGUUAUAAAGUAUUAAGUUUGUGGUUGUGGAAAUGAUUGAAGUCUAGAACUGGUUUAUCACACACAGAUCUCACGGCAUUUUCAUUGGACAUUAAUAAAAAGCUUAUGGAAGCCGGUUUCUGCCGUAGAAAUAAAAAGAAUUAAUUGCAAAUUAAAAGUUAACAUUUUUAUCUCUCAGUUCUGACACUGACAGAAAAGAAAAUGUGAGAAAUAUAGAAAGUUGCGAAAGAUGAUUUUAUCGUUUCAAUUGCGAUAGAAAGUUGGAAUCGCAAAAUAAAAUGUUGUGAGACCUAAACUUCAACAUAUGAACUUACAGUUUCAAUUAACUUAAAACUUUAACAAUUUCUGUGAUCAGUGAUUUUGGAUAGAAAGUUGAAAUUGCGAUUUAAAACCGUGUCGGUAAGCCCCUCCCCUCGAAUGCAGAUGAGCCAAUGGCAGUCGAGUAUCGGUUGCAUAGAGAGUAGCUUUCGGCUUCAUAGAGAAACAGCAGCAGACCCAAAGAUCGAAUCGUUUUUAUUUAUUCGGUUUCCUGAAUCCGAAUAAAACGGAGCAAAAUGUCACUAUAAGCGUUCAACCUCACACAAAUGAGCCGGGUGUCCUUCACUCGUUUCGUCUUUUGAGACGUGACCCUCCAGUUAUCCACCGUAUUCAUUUUAUAAACUCCGAGGACUAUUUAGGCGGCCUUCUGUCUCCAAAAGUGUGCAGAAACAAAGAGUGAUCGUCAAACAGAGCAACUCCAUAUUUGUCUGAGGGAGCAACGGUAACUAAGGGGGGCGGGGCUUGGGUCAGUCGUGAUGUAAACACAGAGAUGUGUAAUAAACGGUUCUUUUCUGUAUUCUGUGGAAACGGUCUUCUGUAGAAGCCGGUGUUGAAUCGGAUCGGGGUCGGUCUGUGAUUAGAGGCUGGUUUCCGGGUGAUGUUGGACUCGGCGCCGGACGCUGCUAGUUAAACAUGGAGUCCGGUUACUGCCUGCAGGUUAACGAGCGUUAGUUAAAACACACGCAGGAUGGAUGAAGAGUGCUUUUGUCAUCUGUUUUUUUAUUAUUAUUAUUAUUAUUAUUAUUUUGAGUUGGGAUGAGAUGUAUCUGUCCAGAAAAGUGUUUAAAGUCAGCGUCCGAGGGUCGGUUUGAAAUGUGGAUGUGUUUUAAUGUUACAGAAGCAGUGCACUGUUUCAUCAGCUGUUGAACAGCUCAGGUCCGAUAGAAACCUUGGAACGAUGGAACGACUGAAAGCUUGUUCUGGGUGUCACGGUGUUAAACAGACCUAGCUUUUGUCUAGGUGUGAAAAAUAAAAAAAGAUGCAGAUUCUAUUUUAAGAUGUACUUUUAUGGUUUUGCUCUUAAUUGUUUGUUCUUUUGAUAACCAGGGAAGCCGUGUUUGUUGUAAAUAAUGUCCUGAAAGCGUAGGUGCUUCUGACGGAGCAUUUUUAUAAGACUGUAUCCUCACCUUCUUUUACAAAAAAAUAAAGAGUUUAAGUGGAUGUGUGCAUCGGA